UGUUCUUUGUCGUAUGUUGUGAGCUGUCAUGCUUGCACACGAUGUCCGUAGGGACUCCAAAAUCUUUCCACCACCCAGGCGCAAUCCUCGCCGUGUUGUCCCACACAACAAGACAACGGACACCUAUGCAUCCAAGCAUCAAAGACAUCUACAGUCUUGCGGACAAGAACAGCCCUCAAUUACACCCAUCACAGUCUCUGAUCAUAAUAAAGGAUCACAACUAUAUGUAGCACCCAAAGGUAACGAGGACUCUUGUGGACAACCUCAGGUCCACCCGUCUAGUUGUCGUACAUCUAUGGCCCAUCCCCAAAGUGAUAAACCACCUCCUUACGUGAUGCCGCCUCGAUUUCUGAAGCAACAGGCAGCAUCGAUGGGUAAGCCAAAUCCAAGCCUUGACUAUUCAGCUUUCCCCAAACAAUUGUGUAAUCCUGUGACUUCCACCUGUGGACGAAGACCCGACACGAGUCCUUUCAUUGUUGACUCGCCAUCGUUGACUUACCAGAAUCCACAUUCACCGGGACCUAUGCUAGAUAUAAAAGCUGCGCUGUCUGCCGAGGGCAUUAACAUUGGCAUCCUACCAAGUACCUCGCACCCGCAACCUCCUACUGAACCUCAUCCUCACAUUGAUCAACACACAUUGCAAACACCACCAACUGCGGCAGCACCUAUGUCUCAUCGUGACACCCUCCGACCGCUUGGAGUCACGUCGGGUGACCAUAUGCAAACACUGAAAGCACCAGCUGAACCACCCAAGCGACCCCCAGGUUUGCAGUCACCUGCUGGCCGAUGUGUCGCAUUACCUGUAGCAUCAAUUCACGCCAGCCUUCCUCCACCUUCCAAGGCGGAUGAAAAGACUCGUAAAGAAAACUCUCGUGAAGCAUCCAGACCUGAGAUCUUAGUCGCAGAUCUUGAACCCGUCACAAAUAAACCAGAAACCCCCCAACCUCCAGUCUCACCAAUUUCUUUGAAUAGCGAUACGAGAAGUUCGUCAACUUCGAGCAAGAAUGAAAUGUGCAGGAAAUGGUUCUUUGGUAACUGUGACUACGGCAGGCGGUGCCACUAUGCUCAUAAAAUAAUACCGCUCAAUGUCACCUGCAAGCUUUGGCUGACAGGGGAGUGCACUCGGCGGAGGUGUCUUUUCACCCAUGAGCAUCAGAGUUCCGACGGUCCCGUCAGUAAUCAACCACCUGUUCGAAACAGUGACACUCGAGACAUCGUGCAAGUUGCCGACGGUCCCAUUAAAGAUCAACCUCCUAUUGGAAAUAGCAACACUCGAGACGGCGUGCAAGUUCCCGAGCGUCCCAUUAAAGAUAAACCACCUGUCCGAACCUGCACAACUCGAGACGGCGUGCAAGUUCCCGCUGGUCCUGUUAAGGAUCAACCACCUGUUCGAAAUAGCAACACUUGUGCCCAAGUUCCCGACCGCCCCAUGAACGACCAACCGCCUAGUCGAAACGGCAAAACUCCAGAGGACGUUCGAGUUGCCGACGGUUCUGUUAAGAGUCAAGCAUCUGUUCGAAACGGCGGCGCUCGAGGCGCAAUAGAUCAAGACUCAACUCGGCCUAUAUCUUCUAGCACGUCCGGCAGUGCUCAGCGCUCCAUGACACAAGUUCCACCCUCGGAAACAAAAUCCCGUGGCCCGAUGGUCGCCAACCGAAGGAAGUUUGUCCUGACUGGUUGCGCGGGUCGAUGCCAGCGUCCCGCCUGCCAUUAUCCACACGAACGUCCCAAUGAUAACAUUUCGCAAAUUCCCAAUGACAACACUCAAGGCAGCAUCCAAGGUCCCGCUAAAGACCAACCACCUGUUUCCAAUGGCAACACUCGAGACAGCAUGCAAGGUCCUGACCGUCCCCUUAAAGAUAAAGCACUUGUUCGAACCGGCAAUGCCCGAGACGGCGUGCAAGUUCCUGCCCAUCCUGUUAAACAUCAACUACCUGUUCGAAACGGCAACACUCGUGCUCAAGUUCCAGACCAUCCCAUGAAUGAUCAACCACUCAAACGAAAUGGCAAAACUCCAGAGGACGUCCAAGCGCCCGAAGGUUCUGUUAAGAAUCAAGCACCUGUUCGAAACGGUGCUGCUCGAGGCACACAUCAAGACUCAACUCACUCCCCGUCUUCUGGCACAUCCAGCUCCGUUAUGACACAAGUUCUACCCUCUCAAACGAAAUCCCCCAGUUCAAAACAACCUUCUCAGGCAGAUUCGACUAAUAGCACACCAGAAACCACGCAGGAUCAGACAUUCAAUAAUCCCGAUGGUCGCCAGCCGAAAGUUUGUUAUGAUUGGUUGGAAGGUCGGUGCAUGCGUCACCCUUGUCGUUACCUCCACAAACGUGCCAAUGAUAACAUGUCGCAAACGAAUGCUCCGUCACCAGUUCGGAAUACUCAUGCCGAUAACGCACCAGCGUCUGGCAACUCCCUAUCACGACACUCGCCGUCCAGCGUGCCGCCCCCUACCACACGUCGAAAUGAGGUUUUUGUCCUACCAGUGACAAUUGCGGAUCAUAUCACAGUGAAACUACGUGACGGUUUCGAUAUACAGGACGUGACCACUGGGUUUGAAACACGGUGGGUACACCUUGGAGACGUGUCACCGCACGGUGCCAAGCGGUUGACCGUCAGAGUGCAAUUUUCCACCGCAGCGCAAGCUAUGGAGGCUUCGAUGGCCCUUCAUGGACGCCAAUUUCAGGGAAGAAAACUCACUGCGAAGCCGUCUUUGAACACUACCGUGCGCGGUACCACAGUGCUCAGGGACACCGCUGUCCGUAUUACCUGGAAUGCGCCCCAGCGGGUUGGUUACGCAGGGUACGUAACCCUUAAUGAAGCCAAAGCUGCGAUUGCAGCCGCCACUGGAUUUGUGAUGAAGGACAACGUUCUCUCAGCCGCUUUGUACGAGGGCCUACCCGCAGUUGGUGUUUAUAGCGUUAUGUUUUCUCAUCUUCCCCCCGAUGCAGAGAGAAAGGAUCUGGAGCAGUUCGGCAACGCAGAGUCGAUCUUGCUCGAACGCCCCAAUUACGAGUCACUCGACAGCGCUCGCCAUGCAGUACUUCGGAUAUUGCACUCAUGCGGCAAUGUGUCAAAUUUCGAUCUAGUUCUUCCUAUCUGGAACGGCACCGUUCUCGUUUGGGCAAUCUUUGAGACUCACGCUGACGCCAGCAAUGCCAAGGAUCAUCUGGAUGGCCAACGUCCUCGUGCAAUUGGAGGAAAAACUUUUAUAUCCGCUCGGCACGUGCAGUCGCUCAACUUCUCGUUACCGUUGAGCAAGUUUAAGAUGCUGGAAGGAGACAUUGCUCGCCUUCGGUGGACGUGGCGGACAAGGUUCAACCAUGACGUAACUCUUGUUGACCGCCUCAUGUCGCCUGAUGGACCUGUUCACAUCAGGAUCUCGGCUGAAAACUUGAGCAAUCUUGGGAUUGCCAAAGCAGAAUUUGAACAACUUCAACAUGGUGAAGUCGUGACUCUCCAAAGGAAACCCAUAUGGGACAGAUUCUUUUCUGAUCCAUCCGGCUACUUAUUCCUUCGUGAGCUAGAGAGCCGAUAUCCUGGAAUUGGAUUACGAACUCGGAUGGGCAAAAUCCUGCUUUUGGGCCCAAUAAAACAGCGUCAGCUUGCUCGACGAGAUAUUAUGACGCGGUUCCAAGAAUUACAGGCGCGACAACGGUGGCGCAUCCCUCUAUCAGGCAGGGUAGUUGGUCCAUUUGUCGGCACACACCUCGUAACCCUCCAGAAAACACUUGGUCCUGAGAACUGCUACGUACAUCACGUCUCAGAUCAGCGCAAUCUUGUCGUGCGAGGUAACGAGCAGGCUUACCGCAUUGCCUGUGAAGCAGUAGAGAAGAUACAAAGCCGUUAUACAGACACCUCCAUCCCAUCCCCACGCUCUGUCUGUCCCGUUUGCUUCACUGAAGCAUCAGUUCCAACCAUUCUCACCUGCGGGCAUACUUGGUGCACGUCUUGCCUCGAGAGUUACCUCGUGUCUGCAGUCGAAAACAAGGCAUUCCCUCUCACCUGCCUCGGUGAUGACGCCUCAUGUACCGAACGCAUCUCUAUCGCCCUUGCCCAAAAGAUCCUAUCUGGUGAGGAUUUCGCGUCCCUGUGUGAUGCGUCAUUCUGGUCGUACUUCCACCACUGCCCAACACCAGACUGCGCUCAGGUAUAUCGUGCAGUUUCCGGCGGCUCAAUUCUCCAAUGCCCAUCUUGUUUAGUUCGCAUCUGUUCUGGUUGCAAUACGGAGGCUCACGAUGGGUUCACCUGCGAAGAGCGGGACCAUGCAGAGGACAAGCUGUACCAUGAAUGGGCAGCCACUCAUGAUACUCCUAUAGAACGCAGCGAAGGUUGUAACCACAUGACCUGCGUUAGAUGCCAAACGCAUAUCUGCUGGGGAGAUGAACAGCAUGGUAGCAUUGGGCUAGAAUUUCUGUGAUCACCCAUUCGUUGAUAUGUUCUUUCAUCUUAUUUUAUGCCUGCUCUCAAGGCUUGCUUCUUUCCAUUUGUUCCACCAUCUGUGCACUGCGACUUGUACUAGUGUCAAUAUCCUCUGUAGUGUUUUGCCUUGUCUGGAAUUUAUGAAUCUACUUAU